AUGGAAGGAGGAUGGAAGAAGGUGAGGGAGGAGGCGAUCACCUCCAUCGCGGUCAUCGCAGGUGUCAUGGAAAAGGAUUUUGUGCAGUACUAUGACAGCAUCAUGCCAAUGUUGAAGCAGUUUGUGAUGACUGCCACAAGCAAGAAGGAGAACCGCUUGCGUGGCAAGUCCUUCGAAUGCAUGUCCCUGUUGGGCAUUGCUGUUGGCAAGGAGAAGUUCUUGAACGAUGCCAAGGAAGCCAUUAAUGCCAUGAUGAACACACAGGUGGAGGCUGAUGAUGUCCAGCGGGAGUACAUCAAGGAAGCCUCCGAACGUAUCUGUACCUGUCUCAAAAAGGACUUUGCUCAAUUCCUCCCACCGCUGCUGCCGGGGAUUUUCAGGAAUUUGCGCAUUGACGAGAUGCAUGCACCUGCAGCCAGUGGGCUCGAUGAUGACGAUGAUUCCUACGUGAAGGUCCUGACUGGUGAUGGCAAAACCGUGCGAGUACACACCGAGAAGUUCCAAGACAUGAUGCAAUCAGUUCAGCUGCUCCACACCUUUGUUACAGAGAUGGAAGGAGGCUACUUCGAAGCUAUCACUGAGACAGCCAAGGUUCUGCUGCCGCUGCUGACUGCCACAGACGAGAUGUCAAUGCUCUGUGAUGAGGUUCGUGGCACAGCCUUGCAGGUUUGGAGUUUGCUCAUCAAAUCGGCGCGGCUGGGUGCACAGGAACGGGGCCAGCCAAAUGACAUGGCGAAGCAACUCCUGGGAACGGGUUUGCAGGCCGUGUUUGUGCAGCUGGAACAGAACCAGGAGACGGAUUUCCUGCAUGAAAUCUCCUCGGGUGUUGCGGAGUGCAUCAAGAACGUUGGACCUGGUGUGCUGGGUAGCGACGAGGUGAGAACGCUCGCUCAGAGGGUCUUCGCGCUCAUGGACCAGUCGCUGCAAAGAAGUGCAAAGCAUGCUUCUGAAGAGCUAAAGAACAAGCAAGAGGCGAGCCAUCUUCCCCAGGAGCUUCACGGUGGGGAUGAAGAUGAUGAUGAGCAGGGCCCGGCGGCAGAUGAGGACCAGCUGCGAAGGAACUACGAAGAGAUCUUGGGAGCAAUGAUGAAGGUUUCCCCAGCGGAGUUCCUGCCAUGUUUGCCACAAUGUGCUGAGCGCAUUCAGCAAUGGGUGGCGACCAAGGAGAACAAGGUCCUUGGCCUGUACUUGGUGUGCGAUCUCCUGGAUAAUUUGAAGGAACAUUCUGAGAGCGCAUGGCCAAUCUUCAUGCCCAAGAUUUUUGAGUCGAUCUUCGACGUUGAUGCAGAUGCAAGGAGAUGGGUUAUGAUGGGGGAGCAGAACUCACCGCGCAGGAGACCAGAGACGAAACGGGAAACGGACAGUUCUCAGCACUUUCGGCUCCAGGACUCGCAGCUGUGGAAUGUGGGUCUAGUGAAGGAAUUGCAAGAGGCGCCAUCCAUGCGGCUACUUUUGCUGAGUCCUGUAGGAGGCCUGAGCGGUGAGGGAUGGACGCUUCUGCUUUGCACUUGCUUGGUCCUGGCUGGAGGGAUGUUGCACGGUGUGGCCAUGGCCAUGCGGAAAUUCUUUGGUCAAGGACACAUCGAGUAUUGGAAGCAGCCCCGGUGGUGGCUGGGAGUGCUUUGUGAUGGAACAGCUGGACUCAUGAUUUGGCCAGCGAUGCCCAUCCUGGCGGCGCAGGUUCUGAUGCCCUUGGCCACGGUCGCGCAGCUGCUGGUGGCCUAUUCCUUGGGCCUUUUCUUCUUCCGGGAGCAGGUGUCCAUCUUCAACCACUUUGGCGUGGUCUUGGCGACAGUCGGUGUCGUCGGCAUUUCUGUCACGAGUCCUCUUCACGCGGCAGAGCCGGGAAUCAUCUCAGUGCAGAGAUGGCUACAACCACGCUUCCUGGGCGUUCUGCUGGGCUGCGCUUCGCUGCCCUGCAUGGCCUUUGCGCUGAAUUUGCCGAAGGCAUGUUGCUGGGCACUGGCCACCGCGAUCUGUGAAGCUCUACAGUUUUUGAGCUCUCGAACUCUGGCAGAUGCAUUGCUGACCUGGGACCAGGAGGUGCACGUGUCAGCUGCUGUCGCUGCUGGGCUUCUGAAGGGCACGUGCAUUCUAUGCAUCAUGCACUUCCAGCAGUUGGGCUUCGAGGCGGGGCUGUCGCGCUUCGUGGGACUCUUCAUGGUGGCGACCAACCUGCUGACGGUGGCCAUGUGCCUGGCCUUCUUUGGCGACCAGGUGGUCGUGUCGUGGAACUUCAUGGGCUCUGCUUGCUCCACGUUCCUCGGCAUUUGGCUCUUGAACCGGCCAGAGGUGCCCACUCCCAAAGAAGUCCGCCAAAGAAGUCCGCCGACAGCGGAGUAG